AUGUUAUUAAAUCGUCGUUUUUUUGUGCUCACGAUCUUUUUACUGAUUGUCUUCAAUGAAAGAAUAUCAGCUCUUUCGUCCAAUCAACCGGCACUGUGUUCAACAGUCAAAUGGAGCCAAACUGCAACCACUUUUGUCAAUAGCGAUUUACUUGGAACGAAGGGUGCCGACAUAUUUAUCGAUAGAAACAAUACAAUCUAUGUCGCUCCUUCUGAAAAACAUCAAAUUUUAAUUUGGAAUCCGAAUAGUAUCCAUGCUACGAAGAUUCUGAGAACAAGGUGGUCGGCGUCUCCAUCGAUAUUUGUUUCAAACAUUGGUGAAGUUUAUGUUGGUGUUGAUAUAUCUGAGAAUAAAAUCCUCAAAUGGGUGUCAAGUGCGAAUAAUUCUGGUAAUAUCAUGGAAGUUAAAACACAAUGCGCUAGUCUUUUCGUUACUUCUAACGGUUAUUUAUAUUGUGCGUCAGUUUUGGAAGAUAUAGUUUGGAAGACACCGCUCGACGAUGAGAUGGAAAUGGUAGUUGUAACUGGUACAGGCCGUGACGGUUCCAGUGAUAUUGAACUAGAUGACCCCGAAGGGAUCUUUGUUGAUACUGAUAGCGAUCUGUAUGUCGCGGAUUCUAUGAAUGAUCGGAUUCAGCUUUUUCGGUUAGAUGAAACUGUUGGAGAAACAGUUGCAGGACAAAGCUCAUCAGAUAUUACAAUUGGACUCUCUCAACCACACUCAAUUAUAUUAGACGCUUACAAUUAUCUUUUCAUCUCCGAUGACGGAAACAAUCGUAUCGUUGCGUCUGGACCCAAUGGUUUUCGAUGUUUAGUUGGGUGUGAUGGAGGCGGCACACGAUCUCAUCAAUUGAAAUCACCACAGAGACUCCGCUUUGAUAUCUAUGGGAACCUGUUUGUUGUUGAUAAAGGAAAUAGCCGAAUCCAAAAAUUCGAUUUGCUCGAAGAUUCUUGUGUCGAUGUCCCAACAACGAUUCAAGCAACCUUUUCAUCAACAUUAACAGAAGAUCAUGAGAGAUUUGCACGCGCUCCAUUUUAUCCCUCCGCUUUUUUCUACGAAGUCAUUGAAAUGUUUGUAAGUCAAAAUGGUUUUUACAUCAUCACUAGUGUCAGCAGUAUCGGGCUAUACGGCUAUGUCUACAAAGAUCGUUUUCACUCAUUUGAUCCUACAAGUCGCGAUCUGAUCGCAUGGAAUGGCGAACGCUACAGUAACGAUCAAUUCGAAUUUACACUUGAACUUCAUGCUUAUGCGAAGUACAUAUUGGUUGUAACAACAUACAAUCCAUUUGUAACAGGUCCGUUCUCAAUCACAGUAUUCGGAUCACCUACAGUUCAGCUGAAACACAUCGAUAUUGAACAAUUCAUUGAAUCAACAUAUACUUCCUCACUGACACACGACAGCAAAAAAUAUUCUCCUAUUGAUUGUGAAGCAGUUCCCAGAGAAUAUUAUGAAGCAAUACAUGUAAAUGUCAUCGAAAGUGGCUUCUACACUAUUAUGAUAGAUGAAAUUACGGAGAUGGGUAUGAAACUUUAUAUCUAUGAGCAUGAUUUUUAUGCACUUAUUCCAUUUGGAUAUUUACUGAAACGAAAAGAUACUUGUGAACGUUAUGAAUCGCGUACAAUUACUCUUGAGCUUCUUAGCGAUAUUCGCUACGUAUUUGUUGUGACCGUAUGUAUGCUGGACCAAAUGUGGGAUUUCUCGUUCAAAAUUUUUGGCAAAAGUCAUGUCUAUUUUCAACGCACGGAUGCCUCACCAGUCAUUUACUCGACGUAUUCAUCAGAACUAACAACAGAUAAUCAAAAGUAUGACAAAGAGUGUACUCGUGUAAAUUAUUACUACGAAACCAUAGAAUUAACUGUAUUCGCCGAUACAUACUAUGAUUUUUCCAUUAUGCAGAGCUCGGAUAUAAACAUUUACAUCUACGAAAAUCAUUUCGAUCCGCUGAAUCCAAAGAAAAAUUUAAUUUCAAUCGAUGAACAUAUAUGUUCCAAUGGUGGCGAAAUAAAACAUACCGUUUAUCUUCGGUCAGACAUCAUAUACACAUUACUUGCCGUCAAAUGUUACUUUACAACGCUUUAG